GUAAAUGACAGAAGUUGAAUUACAAAGAUUUAUAUUUCUCUUUUGUACUUUUCUGCGGUCAUAUAAAAGUUGCGUUGUUUGGUAUAAAACACAAAUAAUUAAUUUAUAUAAGAGUUCUCAAGUAUUAUAAGCACUGCUCAUUAAUAUUAAACACAAUGCAAAGCGUAAUUAAUACGGUAAAAGGAACUGCUUUGGGCGUCGCUGGAUAUUUAACCCCGGUGCUGAAGGAGUCAAAAUUUCAUGAGACAGGUGUUCUUACACCUGAAGAGUUUGUAGCAGCAGGAGACCACCUGGUGCACCACUGCCCCACGUGGCAAUGGGCGCGCGGUGAGGAGGCCAAAAUACGACCCUACCUACCCUCCGAUAAGCAGUUCCUUAUCACAAGGAAUGUACCAUGUUAUAGGCGAUGUAAACAGAUUGAGUACUGCGAGGACAAGGAGAAGGUGAUAGAAGAUGAGAAUGAUGAGGACGGAGGCUGGGUGGACACUCAUCACUACGACUCCACCGGCUCCCCCACUGUGGAGGAAAAGGUGUGUGAGAUGACGCUGGAGGCUGCGGACGCGGGCGACAGCGGUGGCGAGGGGCAGGGGGAGAGCGGCGCCGGGGACGGAGACGAUGACGACGACGACGAAGAGGGCGAGGCUGAGGACAUGGAGCAGUUCCAGGCUUCCGGGCUGCUUGAUGAGGUUGACCCGUCGACAGAGUUGCGGCCACGGCGCGAGAGCAAGCCGGCUGGGGCGGGGACCAAGUCGGGGUCGGGGGCGGGGCGGCGCGCCGAGGGGGAGGGGGAUGACAUCGUGCGCACGCGCACCUACGACCUGCACAUCACCUACGACAAGUACUACCAGACGCCGCGCCUCUGGCUCAUCGGGUACGACGAGGAGCGCCGGCUGCUAAGCGUGGAGCAGAUGUACGAGGACGUGUCGCAGGACCACGCCAAGAAGACUGUCACCAUGGAGGCGCACCCGCACCUCUCCGGACCCACCAUGGCCUCUGUGCACCCCUGCCGACACGCGGAGGUGAUGAAGAAGAUAAUAGAGACGGUGACGGAGAGCGGUGGUGCGAUGGCGGUGCACGCCUACCUCAUCGUCUUCCUCAAGUUCGUGCAGUCCGUCAUACCCACCAUAGAGUACGACUUCACGCAGAACUUCUCCAUGAACUGACUCCGCCCCCGUCGCCGCACGCCACGCCCCCCGCCACCACACGCCACGCCCACCACACGCUAGCGUACAAACAUAUUGCAUUUUGUAUAAUUUAUGUCAUUUAACUGCUGUACACACUCAAUAGGUGACUUGGGAAUCCCUUAGUGGAUAUUAAGUAAAAGAAAUGUUCACUAAGCUAAGGUUUAAGUAUAACUGUCAACAUGUUGAGUGUUUAGUGACUUCUGUUUACUUUAAUACGUUAAAAUUGUAUGAGUGAAUAUGUUAUAAAGCAUUACCUAAAUUAACAUUUUAUCAAGUUCAAAAUUGAUAUGUAUUGUGUUUUGUGAUGUAUAUACGUAUAUGUUGGCUGCAAUUUAUUGAUAUUAAUUCGUAUAUUCCACUAAUAUUUUUAUGCUAUUUAAUAUUAUUUAUAUCGCACAAUAUGUUAUAGGAUAAUUGUAAAAUGCAAACAAUGCAAAUAUUUAAUUUAUUUAAUUCAAAAUACUUUUAGCAAUGAUAUUACAGUUCUUAGAAAACAAGAUAAAAUAAAAACAAGACUAAUAUUGUAUGUAUUCAUUAAAUUCAAUAUAAAUAAAAGUCUAUUAAUGUAUGCUGUUACAAACUAGACAAUGAUCUCUCAAUGUACACAAAUGUCAUGUUCAUGUUGAGUUUCCACUGCAGAAAAUCUGUAUAAAACAUUGUAAUAUUCGUCUUUAGGAAAUUGACAUUAUAGCGUUAUAGAAAUCUAAAAUUUCUGGAAUGAAGCUUGCUGUCUAGUUUUUCUAGCUGUUAGACUUGAGUAUGUAAUUAUAUAAAUAUUUUAUUAUUAUUGUGCAAGAAAUAUUUUGUCUCUUUCAUCGUAAGAACAAAUUGCACUAAAGAAAAAGAGACGGAAAACUAUUGCACGUUAUGCGAGUGUCUUACAUUUAAUGCAAAAGUAGCUAAUGUCUUGCGCAUGUUUUAAUAUGAUGUUUAUUAUUUAAGUUUUAUAUUUGUGAUUAAAAAGUUAUUUUGCUA